GUGGACGGAAGCAUCUGCCGAAAAAUAAACGAUCCCCUGUCCCUCCCCGUGUGUUGAGAUUGGUUCGAAGUUGAAUUCAGACUGCGUGGGGGGAUGCUCGAAUCGUAACAAUUAAGAAAACACGUGCCGGGAAUUGAUGCUUUUCAAAUGCUGUAACGGUUGAUUCGUUUUCGAGCGUGGUUUGCAUUUUCGAUAUUAAAUUAUGUUUCCACUUCGGGGAAAAGCUUGCUUUACUGUGGUAAUAACAUGGUUAUUAGUUGUUCCAUGCUUUUUGGGGUACACUCAAAGCAACGAUCCUAUUUUGAAGUAUAUUUGUUCACAAGAAAUUGGAAGAGUCUUUUGGAAGGAUUUGAUGCAAUGCAAUGUUGUUUUGAAUCGUGAGUUUCUACUGGCUUUGACUACAUGUAUUCCGACAUCAACUUUAGACGAAACUGAGAGCACCAGAGUUUUCAUCUGUUCUUGUCCCGAAAAAUGGGUGAAGAUGAUGGAAUGCCUGAAUAUGCAUUUGAUUCAACUACAAGAUGACAAAAAUCCUGAUUUGGAAGUUGGACCUAGCUCAGUCUAUAGAGAGUGUGUGAGCGUUUUAAUACAAGAAGCGGAGCACUCAGUGCAAAGUGGAGAACCUUUUUUGCCAGAAAGUUCUGAGAAUGCCAGUCUCUCGAAAUCAUAAGGUGCGUGAAAAAUUUUGAACCGCAGUUGCAUCUACUUAGAAAAAUGCAGUAAACGCUUGCAUCAUUGUCAUUCUGGAUGCUUUCCGUGCAAGCUCUGUUUCUCAGAUAACGGGAGAAAAAAUAAUUAUUUGAGUGAAAUAUAUGAGUUGAAAGAUAUCCACAGAUUCUUGCCAUCGGACUGAUAUUUGGGAUUAUUUGUGUUUUGUACGGCAAACGAAAUUUUUAUUGACACAUUUAACGCUCAGAUAAUCAAAGAAGCACUACCUCGCUCUCAAUGACCUGAUAGACUCAAGUAGAAAUUCUUUAAAAAGAUAGAUAGAGAGAGAGAGAUACCUGAAAAAACAAUAAAGAUUUUAUCUUUAAUAAUAACAAUAUUUAUGAGUAUAUGUGUUUGGCAUGUUACGGGACAAACAGUUAGACUUAGUGCUAUUGAAUUCGACAUGGAUAAAUAUCGAAUUGUAGGAAUGCUCACUUUGGUUUUUUUUUUUUUUUUGAAAUUUUAAAUAGAAGCUUAAUUAUCGAAAAUAUUAAGGUGCAAAAUUGAUU